UGAAUAAAAGAAAUUGUCAUCAACGUCCUGAACUCUUGGCUAAAUAAUUUUUUGUUCGUCUUGUUGCAUAAGAAAGAGACUUACCGGCACCGCAGCUUCCAAUUCUUCACGCAACGCAGUACGAUGGAGUACGAAUACAAUAGAAGCAGGUCGGGCCCACAAGUUCCGAUGUACCGUGCUCCGCCUUCUAUCUACCCUAAGAUCGGCCCUCAUCCCCAUUCCGCCGCCCCUCGUCCCCCACCCUUUCAGCACCAAAACCCCAAUCCUUCACCAUCGAGAUUGGGCAUUAAGGUUGCCAUCAAACCGGAAUACAAGAUCGCACCGCCGCCUCAUUUGUUACCACAUGUGGGAGAUAUUCCACGCAGCAACUUUCAAUUUGAUUUUGGAUUGGAGAGGAAAAUUUUGGCUGAAGCAGAGAAGGAGAACCCAAAUUGGACCAAAUUUGGGGUAGAAAAUCUUCCAACCAAGGCUUCUGAUUCAUCACCGUCAUCAAAGGUUACUACUGCAGAUCCAAUUGUGAACAAAUAUAUAGCCAUGGGACUCAGCCGAGACGUAGUUCCUAUUGCUGUUAAGAAUUAUGGUGAUAAUCCUACCAAAGUUCAAGAAUUUGUCAAGGGAUACACCCUUCUGCAUGAAAUGGGAUUUUCAUCAAACAGUGUUGAUGAAGCCUUGCUUAUGUAUGACAAUGAUACAGACAAGGCAUUGGCAUAUUUCCUUAAUGGCUCAUCAUGAGAUUGCUGAAGCAUAUAUGUUGUAGGUAUCAUCUGUUGAUAAAGAAAUAUGGAAGUUCCUUUUGUAUAAUAUAAAUAAUGGUCAAAUAUAAGGUAGAGUGAUAUUGGCAAUCUCUUAUUGUCAGUUGUGGGACGUUGGCAAUCUCUUUCAGUGAUUUGGAGUUUUUAGAGAUAGACCCGAUUAUUAUCCAUAUGAUAAUACCAGCCAUUAGGUUAUAUUUCAUGAAGGCCAUUUUUUUUCGUCAAAAUUGUUUAUUGUGUUUGCUUUUGGUCAAGACCUUAACUUGCAGGCAUGUUUGGUUGUGAUUAUAUAUGGUAGAUUUGCCUUUUAUUUUA